CUCCAAGCAUUCAUCGGAUGCUUGCUGCGAAAUUGAGGCGGUCUGAAGGAAGCUUGAGUCAAAUUCCUCCCGGCGUCGGAGUUCGCUCUAACACGAGGACUGAAACGCUCGCCCAUCGACUGAUCAAUAUCCCGCAUGAUAAACAAUCAUCUAAAAACUCGGCCAAUUAUUUAUCUUUUCAUCACUGCGUCGGAUAUUGCAUUGCUAUUCCUCAGAAGACGAUCAUUUUCCCCUCGGAUUGACUGGCGCUACACUCGCAACCGAAUGACUCUUUUAUAUCAGAGAAAUCCCUUCAACUCUCCGAUUGCAUAAAUGUUUACUAAGGACUGAGGUGCUGCAGCAAAACGUUAUCGUGUGAAGUGGUAGUUUUGAACAAAGAAGUCUCUUGACUUUUCCACAGCGGAAGUGAGCUCGGCCAUUCUCCGUGUCAGUGCAUAGUUGCAAGACGUCACACUGCUGUUGGACUCGCGGCUGCUUCGUCUUCUUUUUUUCUUCUUCUUCUUCAUGGAGAUAUGUUUGCUGGAUUGUUGGGGCUGAAAUGCCACGGAAACUCGCUGCACCAUCACAGCCAAGGAGUCAUGGAAGCCUGACACAGACUGGUGACCAGUCCAGGGUGUUCACCACCUCUCACCCAAAGGCAGCUGGCCCCAGCUCCAGGUGGCCGAGCCUCAGGGACAGCUGGCGGCAUCGGCCGUAAGAGGCUCCACCGGAGGCCUGGCUACAUGAGAGGGGAGCAGCCCAGACCACAAAGCACUUCUGAUGGUCCGGAAGAUGAUGAGGAGGAGGAAGAGAAAGAAAGAGAAGAUAGGGAUAUUUGUAUCAGGAAUGGGAAGAGUGGAUGUCAAGCAUCACCUGCUGUCAAAAUAGCUCCAUUUAAUGUUGCACAACCCGACAAAAGCUUCCAUGACGUUCCUCUUCACUUCCCCGACGACAGCGGCUUCAGUGGUACAUCCAGUCAACCAAAGCGUGAACACAUGUUAAACCACAGUUUAGUACUCCAGGAUUCAGCUAACCCGGAAGAGUCUUUCAAUUCCAGCUUCAGUUUCAUUCAACAGUCACUCAGGACUUUCACAGCCCCCGUCACACCAGCACGUGACCCACCACUAAAAGCCACAGAAGUGCAUAAUUUCUCUCAAAUUAAACCACCAUCGUGGUUCCGUGAUCAGUCUGAGUCAAAAGCGUCCACCCAGGUCAAUUUGAACUCAGGCCUACGCAGUCAUGAAGAAACGGAAACGCUGUCAUUAGGUGGACGAUUUGGUGAGGGGCAUGUGUGGGGAAGCAGGGAGGUCUCAUCUUACAUCUCCGAUGGCAGCUUUCUAUGUCUGGACACAGAAAUGACAUCUUCAGUAUCACUUGACUCAGACACUGCAUCUGCAUCCUCAGUCACGUCAGGAUAUGAGAGUGGCACGGCUGCUUCUGACCAAGGCUGGGACAAUUUGAUCAAGAAGUAUGACCAGGUUCUACAAGACUGCCUCCAAAACAACCGAACGCACACUAAGAUUGAAUCCAUGAUGUUAAAGCUCCAGAGACUGCAGCAAAAAGCCAUUGUGGAUGACGACUAUGAUGCAGCGGAGCGAUUUGGGAAAAAGCUGGAGGAGCUGUACAAGGAGCGAGGAGCUUUGAAACUGGGUUUACCGUCCAGACAGCCCAGCGUGGCUGUGUUUCUCCAGAGGCUCCGAGAGGUGGUGCAGAGCGCCCUCCACAGGGCAGACACCUGUCAUCGCAGAUCGGGAGCAGAAUUCGAUUUAGGGGAGCGGUCGGACUCAGUGCUCAACCGAGAUCGUCUCUUGCAAGAAAAACGAACAGUCGAGGAGGAAAUUGAAGAACUGCAGCAGAGACUGGCGGAGCUCAAGGAUCGCACUCGAAGUCUGGACCAGCAGAUCCAACAGGAGGAACAGCAGAUGGAGACUAAGGAGCUGGAGGGCUCCGUGCUGAGGAGCUACACUACGGCCCAGCUCCAACACAUGAGCCAAACCCUUCAAGAUCUUGUGAUGUCAAAGAACCGCAUCCAGAUCUCACUCUCUCCUCCUCUUUCAAUGCUCAAACUCCGGGAACAGGAGCAGGCAUUGAAUCUAUCCAUCAAGGAAGCUACUGCCAAAAUGGUCAUGAGUCAGAAGCUGGGUAGCAGCCUCAGGAGGAAAGUCAGCCAGACCGAAACUCAGCUUUUAGCUUUGCAUGAAGCCAAACUGGCUGCCAUCUCAGGUAACGACUUCAGCAGUGCCAAGGAGCUGAAGGCUGAGAUGAAGGCGGUCUACCAAGAGCAGGAGCGACUGGAGGCUCUGGCCAACAGGCUGCACAGUCUCAGCUCAGGGAGCAGCCAAGAGCUGGCCAGGAUGAAGGAGCAGCGGCAGCAGCUCAGACAGGAGCUUGAGCACAGGGAGGUGCAGCAUGAAAACCAGCUGAAAGACAAUGCCGUCAAGUAUAGUGAGCUAUUGGAGGACAGGUUGCGCAGCUGUAGCUGCUCGGGCUUGGAGCGGAUUUGGGAAGCCGACCUGGAGGCGUGUCACUUGUUCUUACGAGGCAUGCAGCUUCGGACAUCCAUCUGCAGUGGAGCGGACGUGGUCGACCACCUCACCACAACUGGCGACGUUUCAUCUCAAAUGUCCCCCAAAGAGGAAGAAGACUGCGCCAUGUUGACUGCUUUAGGCGGCCGCUGGUGUCCCGAGGCCAAUUUACAGAACUCUGAGUUCACCAAGAAAUUGGAGGAGUUUUUAUUCUGCAUGGAAGAUAAUAACCCACAGGUUGUCUCCAGCGAUGAGGAGGCAGCAGACUUGGCCGAGCGCUGUGAGCUGAUCAGUGACAGACUAAUGAUCCUGGAGGACGACUUACAGAUGGCCAUUCUGAAUCGGGAUCAGACACUCGCUGAUAUCCUUUCUCUCUAGAUAUGUGUGUUUCUUUCGGCUUGUCCCUUUCGGGGUGUCAUCUCAGAUGAACGCAUAUAUAUGUUUGGCACAAUUUUUACGCCGGAUGCCCUUCCUGACGCAACCCUUCUCAGGGAGUGGAGGCCCCAGGGGAAUACGAACCUACAACCCCUGGUUUACCAAACCAGUGCUCCAACCACUGAGAUACGGGGCCUCCUUUCUCUCUAGAUAUACAGAUGUGAAAAAUAGUGUAGAUGUUUCUCUUUCUAUCUCUCUUUGAGACCCGUAGUUUCCUGAAGGCUUACCAACUUGUACGCUACCAAAUGUUAACCCUCCAAUGUUAAAUAGCUCAAGCUGUGUUAUCUGACAUUUAGGGGAAUUGAAGCUGAGUGGGUAUCAGAACAUUUCUCUUGACAGGCAUGAUGUGCCAACUCGAAAAUAACAUGGUAAAAGUCCAAGUGUCCAAGUAUUGCAGUGUCGCCCAAUGCAGGUUGCCAUUGUCAGGCACCGAGAUUAAAGUAGGCAGACAGAGGCAGCGCUGUGGCAAAUAGAGGAAGGUCAUUGUCUUGAGUGCAAAGCUUUCAUACUUUCAACUUCCAUCUUUUCACUGACCCCCCCGACACACACACAUACACUCACCACCAAUCCACACUGCACCUGUUCUUGCCUGCAGUAUCUGGCUUGGCGAACAUUAUAAUAUCCAUGAUAAUGAGUCACAUGGAAGGUUUGAAGCUGAUUAUAGGUCACACAGCUUCAUUUUCCGUGCUAAUUAGAAAGCUGAUUGGAUGUAGAUUACUGUGUUUUUCUUCAUUUGUUUUUGAAAAAUUGAUAGUCCAAGACAGGGAUGAAGAUGAGCCUCGUGUCUUUACCUUGUACAAAAGGCACCAUACAUUCAAAUAAAUUUUACAUUUUAGAGUCAACGAUCAGCGUGAUACAUUUUCCUCUUCCUUCUUUUCUACACUCUGUUCAUGAGUGAUCAGAUAUUUCAGUCUUCCAUCAUGUCAUUACAGGCUAGUUCUCUUUUAACAAGAUGCCAUUUGUGGUAUAUACCAUACUGUACAUCAAUGGUGAUUUUUCAAGCACAGUGAUUUUGAGGUAAUUGGUAUCUGGUCACAAGGUAGCUCUGAGAUUCGGGCUCUGAAUGCUCUUGUGUAGAACUGGCAUGUUUUUCCUGGGAUUGUCUGGGUUUUCUCCGGAUACUCAGACUUCUUCCCACAUUCCAAAAGCAUACAUCAUUAGAGGAUAAGGUCAACUGAACACUCUAAAUUUUCCAUAGCGGUGAUGAGUCCUGUGAUAUUCUUGUGACCAGUCCAGCCUGUACCCCUCUGAGAAGCCAAAGUCAGCUGGGAUUGGCUCCAGCUCACUCGUGACCCUAUAGGGGGCAAAGUGCUGAACUGAAAAUGGAUGGAUGGGUUUUGGCAUUUGUUGUGCUCAAAAUAAUUAGUAGGAUAUCAUGACAACAUUUUAUGAUGAUCGAGGGAGUAUGGACACUUGCAAACUGCAAUAAUGUCAUGUUUAUUCAACCAAUCCCAUUCAACUUCUAUGGACAUAAAUGUCCUAUGUGACUCUGUUUAUAAUUGCGGAUUGAACAUACCAUAUAUGUCACAGGACUGUAUAUAAGUUCAUGGAAAUUACAACAACAAAUUCCCGAUGAUUGUCUUGUUGUCUAAAGAUCAUUUUGCUGACCAUAUUAAGAUAGACUUGUGUGUAACAUUUCAAGUUAAUCACAAUUGCAGUAUGUGGCUUCCGGCAUUUCAAACAGUUUUUUUUUACUCUACAAGUCUGAUUAAUAUUUCUGAUAAAUUGCAUUUGGAAGAAUUCUUUUGAUCAUGAAGAGACUUUGUGGACGCCCUGCAUUGUUUCGCAUAAACCGUAGUUGAACUAGCGAUUCAUUAACCGUCAAUGUUCUGUGUUGCUGAACCUUCUGUGGAAUCCAGGCUUUUUUUUAAUGGCCGUUUAAUAAUGGAUGGAGACAAUCUGUGUCCCAUUGAAACAGUAAAACGAGCCAUCGGGCUCCAUCUGCUGUCAGGCCACCCCUUUGAUUUAACGCUUAUGCCGGACCCUCGCAGGCUUGAUUUGGAUUUCCAAGCAGGUUAAACAAGUCCCCUGUGACGACAGCCUCUAUCCCGUCCAUUGACGGCUCAUGAAUAAUACAGCUGUAGUGUCGCUUUGCUUGGGUCCCGCCACCCAGCACAGCUGAUGAGAUCAUAAAUAGCGAAUUGCUCCAAUUCACUCUUCAAGUGCAGAGGGUUAAAUCGACGACAGUGUGAUGAUCUGUCAGAGUAAUCAGUUCGGUGGCCAAAUUGGACAUUGAUGACUUCAUCGCGUCACUGUUAUUAUCGUUAAGCAUCUAGAGCCUCAAGUGCCACGUUUUAGUCUGAUAUUUGUGCCUCUUAUGUUGAUUCCAAUGCAAGUGUGUAACUCCAUCGGGGUCUUCCCUAACCCACACUGCACAGUCACUGGAGAAACAAGUUCAGGAAGUUAAAGCCACUUUGCAAAACAUGCUCGCUCUGCUCAGAGAGGAAGCCGAGGAGGAGGGUCACGAUCAUAAAGUGCAAGACGAAGACGACCUUGCGGAAAAUGGGAUUUUGGAUGAGGAAGAAGAGGAGGAAGAGGACCAGUACUUCAGCGACAGCUGGGACAUUUGAAGCAGAUGCCUGUUGUUUUAUGAGCAUUCACACUGGGAGCCUGACCUGUGCACUCUGCAGCACAACUGACCCCAUCCCCCCAUUUUUUUGUAAAGCCACACUCCAAGCAUUUUACAAGCAGCCCCCCUGUGGAACUGCUGAAAGUCUCCAGUUCUUGUUUUGCUGAAAAACAUGCAGGGAUAGAACAUUUUAAUUCCAAAUAGCUGAGUGCCUUUUGGCUUCUCAAUCUAAUUUUGUUCCAGUUAUAUUAAGUAAUGAAAUGAAGUGUUGUUUUUUAAUUGAAUGUUGGUCUUUGAUAUAAAUUACCAAUCAUAAAACCAACCCUCCAAAUUUACACCACUUUUUGGUUAUUUGUGGGACAAAGAAGACAAUCUUUUAAUGCACAUAAGGGCUCAGGUUAGUGUUUCGGUUCUUGCGGAUCUUUUUGUAUUUUGUUCUUUACAAGUGGACUUGAUGUAAUUUUGUGGGUGUGGUGCUCACUUGAACACUGUUGCUAAUUUUGAAAAUGCAAUUACUCUGCUUUGCGGCUGAAGGGUGAAAUUACAAAGGAGUAUUAGGGCUACACUGAUUUUAAAAAAGCAUAUAUAUAUAUAUAUAUAUAUAUAUAUAUAUAUAUAUAUAUAUAUAUAAAAUACAGUAUUAUGCAGAGAAGUGAUCUACCAUAUAUUCAAUGGAUAAUAUUGAAUAUUAUCAUGUAUGGUUGAUGAUCAAACAAAUAUACAUAAGUUGAUUUCGGUGUUGGAAGUUUUUUCUCAGGAACAGACAUACGUGUUUACAUAAUUACAUUGAACAAAUGACUUUGACGAUGGUGUUUGUUUAGCAAAACAUCGACUCUUAUAACAAAGUUUACUUGGCUGCAUUCUUAAGAAGAGUCCUAAUUUAAACACAGGUAUACAUGUUUGUUCCGAUAUGUAAUAUUACUUUAUUCUUGAAAAAGAAAUUCUCAUGUCAUCGAUUUGUACAUUUCACAUCAAAUCAGUAUUGAUUUUAGAUGGAUGGAUUUUUUUUCAGAUUAAAAUGACAUGAUUCUUCUAACAUUUUAAAACAUUAGUCGAAUUUUUGUGUGUGAUUGUGUUUUCAUUGUGGCCCUAAUACUUCCUAAUACAAAACAAGUAGAUUAUGCCUUUGUUAUUUAAUUAUUUGCACAAAUAGUAGCAACUUUAAAGGAUAAAAUAUCAGUUGGCAGAGAGGGAAAAAAACCAGCUGGUCGCUCAACUGACUGCAUGAUGACCAAUACUAAAUCUUGUUCAUUCCAAACAUGUUUUUGUUUGUUGUACUUUCAUGGGAUGAUCUUAUUUUUAAUUUACUGUGCAUUCCCAUAAUUCCUAUUUAUUGUCCAUUGUUUCUCACUAAUUACAGCCUGCAGCGUCCUGCCUGAUGAUGUGUCCUGCUGUUUUCUUUUUUGUAGCCAAUUUGGUGACGGCCCCUCAUGGAGAAUGUGUGGGCAUCCUUCCAGGCAAGUGGGGGCAGUGUUGACAUGUCGACGCUAUCAAUACGCUAAUAAAGGUCCUCUAAGUGAGGUCUGUAGGGGAUACAAGCUUCUUUUGUUAUCUCACCUCCGCAGCGGCGCUGUAGCUAAUUGUGAGACAAAGUAGCAGGGGCCGAGUGGUGGUGAAGGUGGUCCGCUGUAGCUUUGUCUCCGUAUGAUCCAGUCUUGUGUAGUGGGUCGGGGCGGAAUCAUCUUCAGGGUGUGCAGCCUUGCCUUGUAAACACAGCUGAGUACGAGUGCAGGCAUUUUCUCCCAGCCACCCCGACAAUGCCUCUCUCACGCUGCUGACAGGCCGAAAAGCACUUUCCAGGCCAGAGAACUCACCAUCUAUCAGCUUGAGGCAGCCUCCAGACUCGAGAGACCCAGCACGCACAACACGCAGGCCUUUCUCCGAAAUAAGCCCACCUCGUAAUAGAAUUGGUGGUGGAACCACACUGCGAACCAUUAAGCAGUUGGUCUCAUAACAUGGCUGGAGGGGGGCGGGAGGAGAUACAGAUGGUUUGGAGCAGAAACACGUAUAGUAGCAAUAUGUUUACUCACAUGGGAUGAAAUUGCUUCUGCAUGCGAUUACAGUACUGUUGUAUACACUCGCUGGAGCCUUCAUUAGGUACCCUGCACAAUAGGAUCCGGAACAAUAUUUAUGACCAGCAACGGCAUGCAAUGCUCCGCUGAGGUUCGGGUGUCACCGGAGAGAUGUAUGUGUGCCCUCUUUCGAGAGGAUGCCUGGGGGCCACCCGCCCCGUCCAGCCCCCCAUUUCCACACCACUGGUUACAAGUUCUGACUUUUCAAAUAUUUUAAGUGCAUUAACUUUCUAAUUUUUUAUAAUGGCAGCAUGGUGGUAUACUAGUUUUAUCAUGUUUGAGUCACCGUUGAGCUUUGAGAUUAGAAUCUCAGCUCCAGCCUUCCAAUGGAAUUCUCUGGUUCUCCUGGCACUUGCAUGGGUUUUCCCCAGGUACUCGGGUUUCCUUUUACGUCACAAAAGCAUGUGUAAAUGACAGACUCUGAAAUGUAUUUAAGUGCAAAAGUAAACAGAAUUUGUGUUGGCAAUUGAAUGCAAUGCCUUUUUGAUAAAUUGGCAUAGUGGAAAUGUAUUUUUUGAAGGCCAAGACAACGCUCACUUGUCAUGAAUCAACCUUGAGGUGACAUCCAACUCUUCUCUUAAGUAAGGCCAAGGAUGGAGACUAUCGAUAUUUUCUAAAUCUCUUGCGUCAAUGUCUAUAAUGCCCAGUUCAUAUUCCUUCAUGUGGCUGCUGUUCUUUUUACCUGUUAAAAAAUGAUUCUCAAUUAAUCAAGAUCUCCAUCAGGUUUGAAGUUCCCUCUGUUUUCUAAUCUAUUUUAAUCUUUUUUUUUUAAUCUUGUGUUGUCAUCUAAGGAGGUUCAACUAUCAGUGGUAACAAGCCCAUCUUGAUGAACCACGUACUAAGGUGUACAUUUUUUGUUGUUUAAAUGUAGGCAAUAAAAGUAAAAAGUCAUUUGAAAUCCAAGCAUACAGUGCAGACACCUGAAAAAUGUACUUUUGUACAGUAAAUGUGUAUUUGUAUUUUGUCACGUUCCAACCACUGAUGUCAUGUCAAUUUUCAGGGAGAGGUUGGCUCCCCCCAGCUGUGGUUUGGGCGGUCACAACCCACCACUAAUCUUA